AUGGAGAAACAAAUUGGUCUUAAGGAAACUUUUAAUCCGUUCCUAAAGGUAUUGCAUCCAGAAACACCAGGAACAAAGCCCAUGAAGCAGUUACACAGCGAAUUGUCCGUUUUCUUUAAAUAUGCGCUGAAGGAACACAGACGAAUGGAAGAAGAACGUCAGUCACAAGGUCUUGAGGCAAAACCCAUGUCAUGUACGAUCGCUGCAAACAUCGCUCUUAAAGUGGCCAAAAAGCAUGGUCUUUUCAAGUUGGCUUCAAAGCUUUAUAAACUAUUUCUGACAGCCGCCCCUGCCGUUGUGAAAAAUGAGAAAUCAUUCAGUUUACUGAAGAUUGUAAAAAUUUAUUUACGCAAUAAAACAUCUGGAAAACGUUUGAAUAAUUGCAUGAUCCUUGCCGCUGAAAAAAAUAUCACUGAUGUCUUUGAUGUUACUGCGAUCGCGAAAAAAUGGUCAAUCUUGAAAAACCGCCGAUUGGUGAUUGCUUGA